UACACUUUUCCAACGCAUGUAGCUGUAGACAAAAACUUUGACACGAGAGUAUGUGGGCAGAAUUAUUCGGUCGGUUCAGUAACAUGGUUAUCUGAAGGUGUUUUUGUUUGUAUUUGUUAUAGCUUACUCUGUCUGUGCAUGCUAGUUUGCUCAGCUUUUUGUUUGCGUUGGCUUGUCCUCUUGUUGUGUAACGGACUGCAGCCACAGAAGAGGAGUCAGGCGACAGUGUGAGAAUGAGUCUAGCUAACGUUAUAAUGAGCUGUAUGUUAACUCACUUUGGCACCCAGUUCCGAUUCUCCGCGGGUUGCUCUAGUCUCAACUGAGGGGAAAUAUUAAACAGUAGAGCUAUCUCUGAAACCUGUUGCCCUGUGACCCUGUGUCAGUCAGUCAGUUGGGUGGAGCGAGAGCAGCUAAUAUUACCAGGCCACUGUCACACAGUCUCCAUCAGAAUAGAGUAGCAUGGAAGGCAGUGAUGAGGAGGAGAGCUGCAGCAUAUACCUGAGCCUGGUUCCACUUGGUAGUGAGAUCAAGGCCAGGAUGCAGCAGUUUGUAGAGGAAAGGACGGAAGCUAACAUGUGGACUGCUUUGCUGAUCGGAGCUGCAGCGGUUGUUUCUGUUGUCGGAGUUGUUGUGUUUGUUCUUUACAGGCGAUACAAAGUAUCAGAGGAUGAGGCUGGCGUCCCUCGCUAUCGCUUUAGGAAGAGAGACAAGAUGAUGUUUUAUGGCCGAAAGAUCAUGAGAAAGGUUCAGACGUUUUCCUCAAGCACUGCCUCUGUUUCAAACUCAGCUUCCCGGCAGAGAGUGAGGAAGAGGACCAAAGUCCUGUCUAUAGCUCGCAAGAUCCUGCGCAUCCGAAGAGAACCUCCCACCCUGCAGCCAAAGGAGCCUCCUCCCUGUCUACUGGAGGCUGACCUGACUGAGUUUGAUGUGCAGAACUCGCAUCUGCCCUCUGAGGUGUUGUACAUGCUGAAAAACGUCAGGGUGCUCGGCCACUUUGAAAAGCCUCUUUUCCUGGAACUGUGUCGUCACAUGGUGCUGAUCCAUCUGCACCAGGGAGAGGGACUCUUCCGACCGGGUGACACCGAUGACAGUAUUUAUGUGGUUCAAAAUGGCCGCCUGGAGCUGUGCAUCCAUGAGAGAGAUGGUACAGAUGCUGUGGUGAAGGAAGUUUUACCAGGAGACAGUGUUCACAGUUUGCUCAGUAUCUUGGACAUCAUCACUGGCUAUCCAGCUCCUUACAAAACAGUGUCUGCCAGAGCUGCAGUUCCCUCCACUGUCCUGCGUCUUCCAGCUGCAGCCUUCCAGUCAGUCUUUGACAAAUAUCCUGAAACUCUGGUCCGUGUCAUCCAGAUAAUCAUGGUGCGUCUCCAGAGAGUCACCUUCCUCGCCUUACACAACUACCUUGGCCUGACCACUGAGCUCUUCAGCUCGGAAAGCCAAGCCAUCUCUUUGGUGUCGGUGGCCCAUGUUCUUGGGGAGGCCCAUCCAGAAAGAGGCCUCCGCAGGCAGCCUUCACACUCAGAUGAUCUGGGCUCUGAAAAAGCUGACGCAGAUUGCAGAUUUUCAGAAAAGUCUGGCCUCCCCGACAUGUCCACAUUUAAAUACAACAAAUCUCGCUCUCUCUCCACCCCAAUGGCUGUUACUGGUGAAAUGUCAGUUGAUCUCAACAGAGUGUAUGAACGGACUAGAGUUGCCAAAGAGGAGACGGCGCCUCACAGUCCUAUGAAGUCUAUUCUAAAGAAAAGUGUGACAAUGCAUCACACUCCAUCUGCUGUUUACCACUAUGGUGAUACUGGAGGAGGAAAUGUCCGCCAUAACAAGGUUAAUGCCAUUUUUCAAGCUGCCAAAAAGGAUCUGCUACAGGUCAUCCAGAUACAGGACCCCAGCCUGCUGGAGGGGAGGGUGACUCUUCGACAGGUCAAAGCUGGCUCUGUUGUGGCCCAUCAGGGAGACCAGGAUGUGAGUGUGGCCUUUGUCAUCUCAGGGUUGCUCCAUGUUUACCAGCGUAUGAUAGAUCGUGAAGACGAUACCCUGCUAUUUGUCACCCACCCAGGGGAGAUGGUGGGUCACCUGGCAGUCCUCACAGGAGAGCCCCUUAUCUUUACUGUCCGAGCUCACAGAGACUGCACCUUCCUUUCCAUAACCAAGGCCCACUUCUAUGAGAUAAUGCGUGAGGAGCCCAAGGUGGUGUUAAAUGUAGCUCACACUGUGGUGAAGAGGGUGUCACCAUUUGUCAGACAGAUUGACUUUGCCCUGGACUGGAUGGCUGUAGAGGCUGGCCGUGCUGUCUACAGACAGGAGGACAAGUCAGAUAGCACCUUCAUUGUCCUCAGCGGCCGACUGCGUUCUGUCAUUGCAAAGGAUGAUGGGAAAAAGGAACUGGCUGGAGAGUAUGGGCGUGGGGAUCUGAUUGGUGUGGUUGAGGCUCUAACCCACAUGAACCGAGCCACCACGGUUCAUGCUGUCAGGGACUCUGAGCUGGCCAAGCUACCUGAAGGAGCUCUGAACUCCAUUAAGAGGAGGUAUCCUCAGGUUGUCACCAGGCUUAUUCAUCUGCUCGGACAGAAGAUUCUGGGCAACAUGCAGCAGGUCAAUGGACCACUAGCUGCUCGUAGUCUGGCUCUCCACACCCCAAACAGUAAAUGGGAUGCUGGCAGUCCAGCGUCCAACCUGUCCACUGUGUCCAUCCUGCCUGUGUCUGAGGAGGUUCCCCUCACUGCUUUCACGCUAGAACUGCAGCAUGCACUCAGUGGCAUUGGCCCCACUCUACUCCUGACCAGUGACAUCAUCAAACACCAACUAGGCUCUGCUGCUCUGGACAGUGUCCAUGAGUACCGUCUGUCCAGCUGGCUUGGGCAGCAGGAAGACAUCCAUCGCAUUGUCCUCUACCAGUCAGACUCUGGCCUCACACCAUGGACCCAGCGCUGCAUCCGCCAGGCCGACUGCAUCAUCAUUGUGGGGUUGGGUGAGCAGGAGCCCACUGUGGGCGAGUUGGAGCGGAUGUUGGAGGGCAGUGCAGUUCGUGCUCAGAAGCAGCUGGUGUUGCUACACAGAGAGGAUGGCCCACCACCCAAAGGGACAGCUGAGUGGCUUAACAUGCGGAGCUGGAUUUCCAGACACCAUCACCUUUCCUGCUCGCGCAGAGUGUUCUCCAAGAGGAGUUUACCAAAGCUGAGAGAGCUGUACCAGCGUGUGUUUGAAAAGUGUCCAGAUCGUCACUCUGACUUUUCCCGUCUGGCCAGGAUCCUGACAGGAAACAGCAUUGCCCUAGUGCUGGGUGGAGGGGGCGCCAGGGGUUGCUCUCAGGUCGGCAUCCUGCGUGCACUUAAUGAGGCAGGGAUCCCUAUUGAUAUGGUGGGUGGCACAUCCAUCGGCUCCUUGAUGGGAGCGCUGUACGCCGAGGAGAAGAGCAACAGUCGCAUGAGGGUCCGGGCCCGUGAGUGGGCCAUGGAUAUGACCUCUUACUUCAAGAAGAUGUUGGAUCUGACCUACCCUGUUACCUCCAUGUUUUCUGGUGCUUCGUUUAACUCCAGCAUUAGCUCCAUCUUCAAGGGCAAGCAGAUAGAGGACCUGUGGCUGCCGUACUUCAACAUUACAACAGAUAUCACAGCUUCCACCAUGAGAGUUCAUACUGAUGGCUCGUUGUGGCGAUAUAUCCGGGCCAGUAUGUCGCUGUCUGGUUACCUGCCACCUCUCUGUGAUCCCAAAGAUGGACACUUACUCAUGGAUGGAGGGUACAUCAACAACCUGCCUGCUGAUGUGGCUCGCUCCAUGGGGGCCAAGGUUGUGAUAGCAAUUGAUGUUGGAAGUCAGGAUGAAACCAACCUGACCAACUAUGGUGACUCCCUGAAUGGCUGGUGGCUCUUAUGGAAACGCUUCAACCCUCUGGCUGAGAAAGUCAAGGUUCUGAACAUGGCAGAGAUCCAAACCCGGCUUGCAUACGUCUGUUGUGUGCGGCAGCUGGAACUGGUCAAAGAUAGUGAAUACUGCGAGUACAUCCGACCUCCCAUUGACCAUUAUGGCACACUAGAUUUUGGCAAGUUUGAUGAGAUCUCUGAAGUGGGAUAUCAGCAUGGAAAGACGUUGUUCGAUGUGUGGCAGCGCAGUGGUGUGGUGGACAGCAUGCUAAAGGACAGACAUCAGGAAGAGUUCUACAAGACCAAAACUGGCCAUGUGGUCACCUGUCCAAAUGCCUCCUUCACUGACCUGGCAGAGAUAGUGUCAAGAAUUGAACCUGUCAAGAAUGCCUUGAUCGAUGAGAAACUGUCAGAUGAAUACCAGACAGACUGUGAUGAGGAGGCAGUGGAAAGUGCACUCUCUGACUUUGAGGCCUUCACCCCUGGCAGUGAACACACUGAAGGAGAGGAGACGGCGGACACUGCUGAAACAGAUGAGGAAAUUCAAAUCCGAGCUCCACACCGGUCGAAGAAUCCCCCGCAAAGUCCUCGGCCGUGACAGUCUGUCAGGGCUGCUGACCACGGUCCACAACACGCACAUUUCAGUGCGGCAUUUGUGGGAUCCUUUGACGAAUUCAGUGAGCUUUCAUCACAAAUGCAUUGCUGAUAUAGUUGGCAGUCAAGUCAGCAUCUUGCUCAAAGACACUGAAGAAAGACUAAACCUUCCAGUAAAAGGAGGUAGUUUUAAUAGUUUCUCAUUGUUUCCUGUAAAUUUUAGUGAUUUUAAACAGUUCUGUAACAGCUAGUUUUCAUUUGAUUGGUCAAUUUAUAGUUUUAAGGUUUUUUUUGUUGUUGUUUUUUUAAAGACACAUUUAUUGAAUGUAUGGUCACAGCUCCACAACAUUUAUGGAAUGGUACCACUACAAGAGCCUUGGAAAGACUGACAUUUUUUUAUAAGCACAUUACACUAAACUUAAAAAUGCACUACAGUCUUUUACUGUUGUAUGUCGUAAUAAUACGCAGCGAAACUUUUGUGGUCAGUUCUAUGGUCCCCACCAUCCAUAAAGCACCAUUGUUCAUUUCAGUGUUUUUGGGACAUAAAACAGCAUGUAUAGGUGUGUUUUAUGUGUCCACAAUUCUGUCCGAUGAUGAAGGGUUUUCUCCUCUUUCAAAGUAGUGAUAUCUGUGUAAUGUGAACAGUGACUAUAAUAAUGUGUUUUUCAUUAGUGCAAAACCCUGUAGUUUGAAUAUAUAUCAUGAAUGUGAUUCUUAUUUAAACAGCAGUACCAUGUCAUUUUCCUGACAACGUAACUUGUUUAGGUGUUGAAGGCAGAUGUUGUUCUAUCUUCAUGUAAUUCUUCAUUUGGCAAUUCCUUUCCAUUGUUGCAGACAUUUUAGCUGGGUCCUAAGUUUUAUCUACAUUAUGACAUACUUCAGUUUUUCAGUCUGUAAACUUACUCUGUAAAGAUUUUUUUUCCAACAAUGCAGUGCACAAAGGUAAUGAAAGAGCUGCUCCAGCACAAUUACCUGAAAUGCAAACGUUAUUAAUGUUAUUCAUUAUACACCUGUGCAUUUCACAAGACAACACUGGACAUCAGUCAGUUACUCAUAAUGACUGGACCUUUAAUGUCUUCUUCUCAUUUCCAAGAUGGGAUACUGUGUAGAAAUUUAAACAAAAACAAGUGCAAUUAUUUGCAAAACCUUUUAUCUGUAUUCAGUUAAUUACAGUUAUUAGAUAUUUAACAUACAGACUAAUAAACUUAAGUGAUUUUUGUAAAUAAAUAGUAAAGGUUUUGAACUGGAGUUGUACCCAUGUUGCUGCUGAAAGGACUCAGUUUUUUUACAUGGCACACCAACUGAGUGAGCAGGGCGUCCCCAGCCAUGUAUGGUUAUUGAACUUCAACAGAAGAUUGUUUGUUGACUCUUUUAUCAUGUAGGAACAAAAUACUGUGAUUCACCUAAUGAACCUACCAAUCAGUCAUUCAUGCAUCUCUUUAUGGACAGUGGUCUGGUGACUGGUGGUUAGUAAUAGACCUUGUGAGUGGCGUUUGUAAUGUCAAGCUGUACAAUAUAAUGAUAUUCAUGAGCAUUAACACUGUUGUAGUGUGAUAGUGACUUAGACCCAGAGCUACCUAACAUUGACACUAUACUAGAAUUAGAACAUUACAACAUUUUUUUUUUUUUUUUAAGAGUUGUUUAUCCUUGUUAAUCACUGUGGUUACAGAGCUCAUGUGGUUUUGACCCAUAGUGACUCAUUGCUUUAAGUUUUUAUGUCUGGAAGGGAAAAAGAGUAGUGUUACUGUUAUAGUGGCAUUAUAAUCUAAAUGUUUUCAGUGAUGUGUGAUGCUGCUUUUCGUUUUAUAGUGAGUAGUUAUGUUAGAAUAUUGACUGUGAGAUUCUCCCUUUAAAAGUGAAAUCCUUAUUUUCAGUUUGUGGUGACGUGUGACAUGUUAAACGCAAACUUAUUAAUGUAGACUGAUUUAGAAUAUUUAAUUAUGAAUAUUUAGUGAACAAAGUGUUGGGUAGUGAUAACAUGCACUAUUUUAUGGAAAUAUUCUUCUCUUUAAGUUGUGCUGGUAGAAGGCUAACAUUUUGGAAAGACUGAAUGUAAAAAGUCCAGCAGAUUCAGUUUUCUAUGCAGUAUGAAAGUGAGAUGAAAAUAUUUGUUGCCAUGUUAAAAUAAAGUUAUUUCUGACCAUCA